UUAAGAGCUGAAAAUGGAGCACAGCCCCUGUUCCAGGAUGGUCAUGGUGUAAAAGUGUGGGGUUAAUUUGCAGCCCCAGGGAAGGAGGGUGUUUGUGUUGCAGGAAUCCCAGUGCCUAUUUAUUGCUGGAGGGGACAUGUGGCAGCUUCACUUGUUCACUGUUCUUGAUGUGACUUCUCAUCACUUAUCUUGAGCAGCUUCCAGAGCAGCGGCCCCAUGGCAGCGUGGGGCACUCCAGCCACUGAGACCAGGCACAUGCUGUCUUCAGAUCCUCUUAACAGCUGUUAUUUUGUUUUCAAUGAAUUUGGCCAAACGUUGAUGAGGUGUGAAAGUGGUGACUGCAAGCGUGGGGGAGGAGAGCAGGAACGCCAGAGCAGCACGUCAUUGCUAUCUCUAAACCUGGAGCUGGUUGAUAAGCACAUGAAGGGAGCUGAGCUUCCUCUCUGACACCAGAUAGGCUGAGUGAGAAGUUGUGCAACCCCUUAAAGCUUGUGGAGGUGUAAUAAUUGUGUGGGGAACCUGCCUGGUUAAAAAAAUCCCACCAGGGUUCCUCAUGUGUCUUGGUGGGACACCAGUUUGUUCAUUUUGGUGGGGGUAGGUUUCAGGCUCUUAUCCCUUAACAGAAUGAAGCCAGAAGCAGUGUGACUAUACUGGAAUGCUGAAUUACUGAUAGAGUCUCUACAGCCUGCUGGAAAACUGUGUCUGAGGGUGUUGGCAUUGUGACCAGAGCCUUCCCUCUGUGGAUAGGAAGGAAGGAAAAUGGAGGCUGAUAAGAAAUUGUUUCUUGCAAGUGAUGGUCCCAUCUGUCGAAUCUGUCACGAAGGUGGAAGUGGGGAGGGACUGCUUUCCCCGUGUGACUGCACAGGAACACUGGGCACCGUGCACAAGAGCUGCCUGGAAAAAUGGUUAUCCUCCUCCAACACAAGUUACUGUGAGCUCUGCCACACAGAAUUCGUUGUAGAGAGAAGACCGAGACCUUUGACAGAGUGGCUGAAGGAUCCCGGUCCCCGCAACGAGAAGAGGACACUCUUCUGUGACAUGGUGUGUUUCCUGUUCAUUACUCCCCUGGCUGCCAUCUCGGGCUGGCUGUGUCUGCGUGGAGCCCAGGAUCAUCUGCAGUUCAACAGCCGCCUGGAGGCCAUCGGACUCAUAGCACUAACGAUAGCACUUUUCACAAUCUACGUCCUUUGGACGCUGGUCUCGUUCCGGUACCACUGCCAGCUGUACUCGGAGUGGCGCAGGACCAACCAGAAGGUCCGUCUGAUGCUCCCGUCCUCGCGGAGCCCUCACCCCCUGCCCCACUCCCUCCUCUCCGCCAAGCUCAUGAAGAAGGGCGCGGAUGAAACCACGGUGUGAGCCCGUCCUGCCUGGCUGCGGGGGCCGGCACAGGCGAGGAGGGCCGGGGGUCCCCACGGGCACACAGGAAACGUGGCAACUGUGGAGGCCCUCGGGAGCAAUCACCCCCCAAAGGACUUUGCAGUCAGUGUGUACUUUAUAUUGUGGCAGCCAGACAGAGAAUUGAUCACUGUCAUGUGGAUGGCCCAGAAGAGCCCCAUGGUCGAAGGGGCCUGGCUGCAGGGACACUUUCCUGUCACGCAGUACUUUACGUGGAAAAUAUCCCCCUCUCUAUAUAUAUCUCUAUAUAUAAUAUUAUUUUUUAAUGGCCAUGCAUAUUGUGUUUCGGUCCUUUUGUGUUGAUGUUCUAAGCUUCAGUUCUAGAAGCUGGCAGCCUGAUCUCAUUCAGAGGUUAAAUCUAUGCCUUUUCUCCAAAUGAGCUUACAAGGAACACUUUGAAGAACAUUGACGAAAAGUCCCCUUCUCCUUUGCACUAAGUUGGUUUUGAUAAUCCUGCAGCAGCCUUUCCCCUUCCCCUGGUCUGUCGUGCUGUUCCUGCCCCUUCUAGAAAGCUGUGUGUUCUUAAGGGUUCCUAUAAUCCCAGAAGGAGUAAAAUGACGCAAUUCCGAGCAGAGCCAUUUUGUAUAGGAAAGGAUUGGAAUUGUGAGAAUUUCACAACACGUUUCAAAGUGAGAAGAGCUCUUCCUGUGCAGACCUGAUCUCACAGAACACUUUCCUUGCGGAUCCUGGCUCAUCCCCAGGCCUCGGAUGCACUCAGUUCUUGCUGUGUCUGGCACAGGUAGAUGGAGGGUCUGAGGGUGGGAGGUGAUGGCUUGGACGUGCUAAACCCAUCAUUGCCUUCUGCUUGUACGAUUCUAAAAGGAGCUUUCCUGAGCCCAAAAGGGGCAAGCUGGGGUCUCUGUUUGCUGAUGCCCUUUCACCACCUUGAGGCUGGACCUCUCGCAGUGCUGGUUACACGCUCCCCUCACAGGC